AUGGCGGCUUUGGAGAAGGUGUGUAAGCGUAUUGUGCCACUUGGAGUUUAUAAGUUCCUGUUCGGUCCGCUGUCACAGUUUCCUGUGGCUCGACGUCUCACAGGCGCUGUAUUUGGUGUUUUGAGUGGAGUGGGAUUGUUUUUCGGACUCAUUCAAAAUAUCGCCAUGACAACAGUGCAACGUGUUGUUGUUGGAUGUCUGUUUGUGGGUCUGUGUGGUCUUGGAGGUAUGUUUUCCUCCCUGUUCCGCUGCUCCGUGCUCCUGAUGUUGCCUAGUAUGAUCGGAUCUCAAGGUCGGACAUUCCUGAUGGUUUAUGUGCUGCAUGGCCUUUACCAAGGCCCCAUUAUAAACAUCCAGCGUAAUGUGCAGGAUGUGGCCUCCUCCAUGGGCUGUCACAUAGACCUGCAGAUCACACACAGCAAGGUGAUGUGGAGAAUGCUGACAGAGCCUUACGUGCAAGUAGUGCAGGAGAUAGUGAAUGACAGUGAGGAAUUUCAAAAAGAGGCUCAAAAUGUGAGCAGAGAGUUCCAGAAGAUUCGGGAUGAGGUAAUGGGUCAGUACGGAUAUGACUCUCUUGGUAAGGAGUCUGUUCAUACGGCCAACAGCACGCAGGAGGAGUAUGUAGAGAAGACUAGAUCUCGCUGUGACUUUGUUGUGCAACAGGGAGUUGGCCGAUGUCAGGAUUGGUUCAGUGUUAAGUGGGAAGAGUGCAUGAACACUAUUCAAGCCCCUCUUAUAAAUCACUUCCUCUGUGUACCCAUGCAAUUCCACUUUCUGUGCAAUAUCAUGAGAGUGAUGACAUCAUGGUGCAGCGAGAAGAUCCCAGUUGAGGGAAACUUUGGUCAAACCUUCGAUAAACUAAACGACUCUAUCAACAGACUUGCAGAACACUUCACAACCAAUGUAGUACUUAAGAAAUUGGAGCAGCAGUCAGUGUUUGGAGUGGACAUCCUCCAGAAUUUCUCUAUGGAGCUCAGCCGUGAGUUUGAAGAGAAAUCGGUCAUUGCUGAGAAGAUAGCCGGAGCGAUUAACUUCAUUCUCUCGUUCACCUUCAUUGCUGUGUUCACCUCAGCAUUCGGAUAUGUUCAUCAGUGUUGCCGAGACAUUCGUUUUGACAACGUCUACAUAACAACCUACUUCAGACAGAUUGAUGCUCGCCGAAGGAGAGACGGAAAGAGGUAUUUGCUGCCACUCAAAAAAGCAGAGCAAGAGAGUUUGAUCAAUCCAUGGAGCUUAUCUAUCCACCCCAGCGAGCUCAUGUCUGUGAUUGUGGGUUUCCUGCAGGUUGCAUCUCUGGCUCUGUUUGUGUGUGUUCUGCUCGCUGUUGAUGGAAUCCUGUAUAACAUCUUUGACCUCAUCCGAAGACACACUUUCACUACAUACUCAGUUACUAGUGUUCAUCACAUAGACAUUAUAAUUGGGGGAGAUUCCCUGUUGGCCAGACUUCUGCGGAAAACCAUUGGUGCCUUCAACACCUCCUCCAAUCUUGAUGUGCAAUCCACUAACUUCCAAUGUUUGCCCCAGCCACACGCACUGAGCCAGUCAAACUACUUGUGGAUCUUUACACCCCUUUUACUGAUGUGCCUCAUGUGCUGCCUGCAGGUUUACACCAAUCGCCUGCGCAGGGUCAUCACCGCCUUCUACUUCCCAAAGAGGGAAAAGAGACGGAUCCUCUUUCUCUACAACCUGCAGAUCCAGAAACGUAUCUCCUUCAUCAAAAGACAACGACAUCGCCUGAGAAAUCAAAAACAGACAUUUAUAAAGGUGCUGUCGUCUGUGUUGGCCCCGCUGAAGCAUGUGGGCUGUGGGCUGCGCUGGUGCUGGGUGUGCGAUGGGUUUGUGAGGCAGAACCAGGCUGUGGAGUGCAGUUCUGUACGGUGCACAAUGAUCUAUUGUAAGCAAUGCUGGACAGACCUGGACAACAUCUGCUACGCCUGCCUCCCUCAUGACCAGCGUUUACAGCAAGACAGCGGCUCCGAAUCGGAUGUGUAUUAUGGCUGCUGAUGAACUUUAACUUCUGACAUGUAACAUUUUCACAGCAGCAUAAAUUCAGGAUGUUUUAAGUAAAGAGAGCUCUCCACGAUAAAUGCCUUGCACAUGAUAAUAAAUGCCAUGUACCACCAACAAUUUUUUUUUUGCCUAUUUAUCUAAAGCACCUCAGAAACCUUUUAAAUAAAACAGUUAUUUGUGAUAUAUGAUAAUUUUGAUAUAUAAACUUGUAAUUAAGUCUUAAAUAAUGGCCGUAUUGAUAGGUGCAAGCAAAGGCUACACGAUUUCUGUUUACCUUGCAAUUAGACUU